UGUCUGCUCCGGGCGUGUGAGGAAUGCGCUGUAGUCCCUUCGGCUGUCAUUGUUAGGAAGCAAGCAAGCAAGCGACACAAACUCCCCCCCCCUCUCCUCCUCCUCCUCCUCCAUCACUUCCAGUAAAACAAUGGAGCUGGAAUGUUAACUCUAGGCUUUACUAGACCAGAGGGCUGCAGCAUCCUCCUCUAAAACUAGAACGACCUCAGUGCUGGUGGAUAACCCCCCCGAAGCACACCCUAGUGAAUUUGACCUGAACAGUGGAUAUAACAGCUUCCAUCCAGACAGCAAACCAAAGGAGAGCAUUUCCAUUGCUCUAUUGUUAAAUCUUAAUCAUUGACUCUUAAGCAUUGACUCUUUGCAGUCCUUUCUUUUGAUUUUUUUUUUUUUGCAAGACUUUAUAUGGUUGUGAAUUUCAAAUACAAUCAUUAGUAAAAAUGGGCCCUGGAAUGGAGGCGGCUGACAUUGCUGUGGUAGCAUUUUAUUUUGUUUUGGUGCUAGGCAUUGGCUUCUUUGCCAUGUGGAAGGCCAAUCGCAGUACGGUAAGUGGCUACUUCCUGGCUGGACGGUCCAUGACAUGGAUGGUGAUUGGAGCAUCACUUUUUGUCAGCAACAUUGGCAGCGAACAUUUCAUAGGCCUCGCUGGAUCAGGAGCUGCAAGUGGUUUUGCUGUGGGAGCAUGGGAGUUCAAUGCACUUCUGCUGCUGCAGCUGCUUGGCUGGGUAUUUAUCCCUGUGUAUAUCCAUUCUGGGGUCUACACAAUGCCUGAGUACCUGUCAAAACGCUAUGGAGGCAACAGGCUGAAGGUUUACUUUGCUGCCUUGUCUGUGUUACUUUACAUUUUCACCAAGCUCUCUGUGGACUUGUACGCUGGAGCUCUCUUCAUUCAGGAAUCACUGGGAUGGAACUUGUAUCUGUCCAUAAUCUUGCUCGUUUGUAUGACUGCUCUGCUCACAGUCACCGGUGGAUUGGUGGCAGUAAUGUACACUGAUGCCCUUCAAGCAGUGUUGAUGAUUGGUGGAGCCCUCAGCUUGACGGUAAUUAGCCUAGUCAAGGUGGGUGGGUUUGAGGGUGUCAGGACAAAGUACAUGCAGUCAGUUCCCAAUGUUUCUGCUAUAGUGGCCAGUGGAAACUUCUCCUAUUCUCCCUCCUGCCGCAUUGAUCCCAAGCCAAACUCUCUGCGCAUCCUUCGGGGUCCUCUGGAUGAGGACAUACCCUGGCCUGGCUUCCUCCUUGGUCAGACCCCAGCUUCCAUAUGGUACUGGUGUGCAGACCAGGUCAUUGUCCAGAGGGUACUUGCAGCAAAGAACAUUGCUCACGCCAAGGCCUCCACACUCAUGGCUGGAUUUCUCAAGGUCCUGCCCAUGUUCAUCAUUGUGAUUCCAGGUAUGAUCUCCCGUAUCCUGUUCACAGACGAGAUAGCCUGCAUUGGACCAGAGCACUGCCUGGCUGUGUGUGGUUCUCAGGCUGGCUGCUCCAACAUCGCUUACCCACGUCUGGUCAUGUCUGUGAUGCCUGUGGGACUGAGGGGUUUGAUGAUGGCAGUCAUGAUCGCUGCCCUGAUGAGUGAUCUCGACUCAAUAUUCAACAGCGCUAGCACAAUCUUCACCCUGGACAUCUAUCAGAGCGCUCGGCAGGGUGCAUCCCAGUGGGAGCUGCUAGUCGUUGGCCGGCUGUUUGUAGUGUUCAUGGUGGCAAUUAGCAUUGCCUGGGUCCCCGUUAUUAUUGAAAUGCAGGGUGGCCAAAUGUACCUCUACAUACAGGAAGUUGCCGGCUACCUGACUCCACCCAUCGCUGCCCUCUUCCUGCUGGGUGUGUUCUGGAAACGCUGCAAUGAGAAAGGGGCAUUCUGGGGUGGCAUGACGGGCUUUUCGCUGGGUACCUUGCGCCUUAUCCUGGCAUUUAUUUACCGUGAGCCUCGCUGUGACCAGCCUGAUGAUAGACCAGCCUUCAUCACACAUGUCCACUACAUGUAUGUGGCUGCGGGGCUGUUCUGGCUUUCGGGUUUUGUGGCAGUGGUAGUCAGUCUCUGUACCUCCCCGCCAAAUAAGGAGCAAGUUCGUACAACCACAGUAUGGGGGCUGCGCAACAUUGAGAUGGUUCCCCCAAAAGACCAAGAGGAAGCUUACAGACUGACUGAGAAGAACCAGUGUAAUGGUGACAGAGGUCUCUGCAAGAAUUUGCCUCCAGAUGUCCGACAUGACAGGUGUCUGGAUGGGGCGGAUAUCAAGCUCCUGGUUGCAUCCACCGACCAUGACCCGGUGACCCCAAGCACAGAAUCAACCCCAGUCACUGACCCUGCAGGACGGGUUGGUAAUGGAAAGGUGGAGUUGGUCCAAGCAGAGGGAGGCUGUCAUUGUAUCAAGGCAAAUGACCUGUGCCUGCACUUGCUGGACUGGUUUUGUGGUUAUAAGGCGGGAGCACAGAACAUCCAGGCAAAAGUUAUGGAGGAGGAUCAGAGGGUCAUUGUGGAAAUGCUAUAUGAACCACCCAGAAUCAAACUGCUACUGAACCUGGGCCUGAUACUUGUCUGCUCCUUAGGCAUCUUCAUGUUUAUUUAUUUCUCUCUAUAGUUUUACCCGGCACUGGACUUAAGGGGCUGAUGGGGGUGGGAGAUGUUUACGUGGUUUCUUAAAGUCUUUUUGAUGAUGUAUGGAUUUGGGGGAUGUUUUGAAAAGGCACAGUUAAGAUUUGACAAGCUCUGUCUGUAAUAUUUACAGUUGUUUAUUGUAGCUAACUGGGAUUAAAGCUCAUUCUAAUCAUUUUUUUUAAAUGAUUGAAGCUUUACCGUAUAAAAAAAAUACUAUUCCUUUUAUGAUUAUAAACCUUAUUUGGCAUUGUCAAGUCAAUUUUGUAAAGUGCUUAUUAAUUCUGCAUAAAAAGCUGUCUUUGAUUUUCAGAAUUGUAACCUUACGGUAAUAAAUAUUUUUUUUUCUAAAAUCACUACGCCUAAUGACAGCAGCAGUAGAUCCAUUUGCACCUGUAGUAGCAUUAAUAUUCCUCACAAAGUCUAAAUAGAGGUAAAUGUGUUUCUCUAGUUUAUUGGUCAUGACCAUUUUGUACAAGUUUCUCUAUUCGCACUUUGAUCAUUUCUGCAUAAUGUCAAUAGCUCUUUGUGUAAAUUGUCAGGUUUUUUUGGGUGGGGGAAUCCCCCCCCCCUUUUUUUCUCUCCCCAAUUGUAUCCGGCCAAUGACCCCACUCUUCUGAGUCGUCCUGGUCGCUGCUCCACCCCCUCUGCCGAUUCGGGGAGGGCUGCAGACUACCAUAUGCCUCCUUCGAUACAUGUGGGGUCACCAGCCGCUACUUUUCACCUGGGAGUGAGGCGUUUCACCAGGGGAAUGUAGCACGUGGGAGGAUCACGCUAUUCCCCCUCCACUCCCGAACAGGAUCCCCGACCCACCAGAGGAGGCGCUAGUGCAGCGAACAGGACACAUACCCACAUCCGGCUUCCCACCCGCAGACACGGCCUAUUGUGUCAGUAGGGACGCCCGGCCAAGCCGGAGGUAAGAUGGGGAUUCGAACCGCCGAUCCCUGUGUUGGUAGGCAACGGAAUAGGCCGCUGGUUAUUUCUCUUAUAAUUUCCAAGUGCACUGACAUGUCAUUUGAAACUGGUCGGCCAAUUAGCUGUUGAUGUCCCGGACUUGGGAGAAGAACUUGUGGAUGUAAAAUGCUAGCCUCUCCUCCAUACUGGGAACACUUAAAAAAAAAAGUUUUCCUUUCCUGGAAAAGACGCCUUUGCUCUAUUCACUGUGUUUAGUUCCUCGCUGCUUUUGAAAGUACUCAAAAGUCUCACUCUGCUUGUAUUAUAUAUGACUCUUAUGGUGUUUAAGGUAAUUACAUAUAUUUAUGGAUCGGUUUGAUUAAGUCUUAGAAAAUGCAUUACAUCAGUUACAUUCAAGGUUAUAUAUCUGGUAUUUAGAAAAUGUGAAAAUGUGUUUAGAGGUUCAUAGAUAAAAAAAAAAAAAGCACAAGAACUGAUGUUGCUCAUUUAGCCUUUGUGUCCUCCCCCAAAACGAGUUACUUCCCAUCCACAAAGAAUAAUUGGCAUCACCACACAUACCACGCCAUAGCAACAUGUACCCUGGCUCUGCCAGAUGACAGAAGCUAAGGAGGGGUGGGCUUGGCUAGUACUGGGAUGGAAGACCUCCCAGGGAAAACGGAGUUGCUACCGGGAGUGGUGUUGGUGGGCCAGUAGGGAGCAGCCUACCCUCUGGGCCUAAUAAAAUCAACAAAUAUCAAAUCCCAAUGCCCCUGUGCAGUGACGGGGACACGGUGCUGUAGGAGUCACCGUCCUUUGGAUAAAACCUUAAACCAAGGUCCUGACUCACUGGGGUCAUUAAAAAUCCCACAGCACUUAUCGCAAAGAGUAGGGGGUUCUCUGGUGUCCUGGCAAAAUCCCCAACCUAGUUCUCUCCAUCUGGCCACCUAACCAUCCCCCCAUGUAAUUGGCUCAAUGACUCCUCCCUCUCCACCUCAAGCUGAUGUGGGGUGAGCGUUCUGGUGCAAAAUGGCUGCUGUGCAUCACCCAGGUGGGUGUUACACAGUGGUGGUGGUGGCUGAAGUGAGUUACCCCCUUCAGUGUGAUUGCUUUGGGUGUCUAGAAAAGCCCUAUAUAAAUGUAAUGAUUAUUAUUAUUAUUACCAUCUCAUGUAGCCUUUUUAUGUCAGCGGGCUGCUCAGUGGGGAGUUGCUGUUGCUGCUGACGCAAAAUUCCAGUUACAUCUGCUGUUGCUUUAUCGGCCUUUUACCAUCUGAUGAAUCACAGUUUCUGUUACUGUGGAUACUUACAAGCACCGACGCUCGAGGUCCUGCAUCAGUUUAUAUUUCAUGCAUCUGAAAUAAUCUCUCUUAUGAACUUUUGCUUAUGAUGUCUUGAGUUUCAUUGUUAAAGCAAUUGUUUUUUGUUUUUUUACAUUUCUUUUAUAUUUCUAUUAUUUUUUUCAGGGUUCAUUGGUUCACCCAUGAUAUACAUGUCUGAUAUAUUUGGCUGUCUCUGGUGUAUCUACACGUGUGUGUGUUUCAUAUUUUGUGCACUUCAGGUGGUGGUGGUAUGCCAUAAUAGUUUGUUUUUUUUUUAAAGCGCAUCACCUUUAUAAACCUUUUUACCAAAUGUGUCUUAGUGGAAAAUGUUAAAGCAAAAAAAAACAAACAAAAAAAAACAAACAAAAAAAACCCCAAAAAAACAAAAAAUAAAGAUAUCAGUUGAGUUGUGCGUCUUGAAAAUUUGUACAGUGAAUUCCAAUUUAGCUUAGUCAUGUUGCAGGUUUUCAGCUAAUCUUGAGCUGCCUAUUGACAGAAUCAUACCCGCCAGGUUGGGAAUGUCAUUUCAGGCGUUUGGCUGUUUUUUUCCGGUUAUUGUCGCUGUUGUAGGAUUAGCACAUCUCUCUGUGAUGGGACUCAAACAAGGAGGAUUAUAUUCAGCCCCUGGGUAGUUGGAAGCCUUCUGGAUUGAUGUCAGUACUUCUAUCAUCACCCCUUACACACAACGCAUGUUUUCCAGAUAUCGAGUUCAUGCACAGAGGAAGAGGCAAAGCAAACCUGGUGGAUUCAAGGAGGGCAGUUGAAUUGAAUGGCCUUGUUCCAUAGAGUCCUUCUUCCUUCUGCCACAGAGCCCUUAUUCCUUAUAGUCCGUAUUCCAUAGAGUUCUUAUUCCUUCUUCCAUAGAGUCCUUAUUCCUUGUUCCAUAGAGUCCUUAUUCCUUAGUCCUUAUUCCUUAUUCUAGAGUCCUUCUUUCAUAGAGUCCUUAUUCCAUAGAGUUCUUAUUCCUUCUUCCAUAGAGUCCUUAUUCCUUGUUCCAUAUUCCUUCUUCCAUAGAGUCCUUAUUCCUUCUUCCAUAUUCCUUCUUCCAUAGAGUCCUUAUUCCAUUGUCCUUAUUCCUUAUUCUAUAGUCCUUCUUCCAUAGAGUCCUUAUUCCUUCUUCCAUAUUCCUUCAUUCAUAGAGUCCUUAUUCCUUGUUCAAUAGAGUCCUUAUUCCUUAUUCCAUAGAGUCCUUAGUCCUUAUUCUAGAGAGUCCUUAGUCUAUAGAUUCCUUAUUCCUUCUUCCAUAGAUCCCACAGAGUCCUUGUUCCUGAAUCCAGAGUCCUUGUUCCUUAUUCCAUAGAGUCCUUAUUCCUUAUGCCAUAGAGUCGCCAUCUUUGUGUGGUAGGUCCAGCGUCUCCAGUGUCAGAUACGAGAGACGGAUGGAGGACUUGGAUAAAAAUACCUAAUUAGAGAGUUUUAGAACUUUGGUUUUCCUUUUUUUUUUGAGAGAGAGAGAGAGAGAGAGAGAGAGAGAGAGAGAGAGAGAGAGAGAGAGAGAGAGAGAAAAUACAUUGUUAUUUUAUGGAUUUUAUUUCUUAGAGAUUGUAAAUCAAUAAAGUCAAGUUUCUGUGCAGAUGAGAUGGCAGAUGUGUUUUUAUUCUUAUCACUAAACUAUGAAACAUGCAAAGUCCAACAAAAAAAUAUACAUAUAUUACUGGAUAUAAUACUCUUGCGUAAAGGAUAUCGAUAUAUUAUUCAUAUAUUAUUAUUUUUAUUAUUAUUUAUUCAUAUUAUUUAUUCGUAUUUUAUUCUUAUUUCUAUUUCUUAUUUUAUCUUUUAUUUCUACUUUUCUUAUUCUUCAUUUUUAUUUUCUUGUUAUCUUGUAUCUUGUUAGUUUUUCUUUACUAGAGCAUGAGUGUCUGUAAUAGAACCCAGUUUCCCCUCGGGGAUGAAUAA